ACAACACCAGGUAUCAAACCAGCAAGUGCUGCUAGCUCCGACUGCCAAGUCACAAACCAGAGCCACUACGACAGCACAUCAAUCAGUCUUACUGAACGCCACGACCACCACCACCACCACCACCACCACCACAAUGGCUCCCGGUGAAACAGAUCUCCAAAUUCUUCUUUCCAAACUCGAGCCCAUCCUCUAUCCUGAUACUUUCGUCUUCCUCACUCUUCCUAAAAUACCAGUCUCUGCAGCGAGCCAAGAUGUGCAAGCACUACAGCCACAACUUCUCUUCCAGGAAGCGGAGGGUACCACACUCGUCCUCACACGCGAAAAGGCCAUCGCGCACGGCUUCACCGACUACGUGUUUCCGAGCCGCAUGAUCUCCCUCAGCGUGCACUCGAGUCUCGAGGCAGUGGGGCUGAUCGCUGCCAUCAGCGCACGACUCCGGGAUGCCGGGGUCAGUGCCAAUGUGGUCAGUGGGUUCUAUCAUGAUCAUGUCUUCGUGCCCGAGGGGAAGGAGGGGGUUGCGAUGCGGGUUAUUGGAGGGAUGUCGCGGGGUGAUUGAUAGAUGGGGGAGGUUUGAGGUUGGUGGGCUUAGCUAGCGUUUGAUGCUUCCACCCUGGAAGGGAACAUGUGGCUGUAUAUAAGUACUAGUAGACACGUUAUAUUGUUGCUAAGUUGUGCUGACUACGAUGGACGUGAUUGGUAGGGUGGGG